AAAUUUCUCCGCCUGCCUCACGCGCGCAAAUUUCCCCCGUAGGUUCGCAGGCGGCAGCCGCAAUGAGCCAGCCACGCGCUCGUUCCGCCGCCAUCUCCCCGCACGCCCCUUCCGCCACCUCCUCUCACACCCCUUCCGCCACCCCCCUCGAACUCCGCCGCGAAUUUCUCCGCCGAGCCGCCGAGUCGCUCGCCGUCAGCUCGCCGCCCGUUGCCGCCCACCUCGGGCGGUGCCUGCAGCUGCUGACGCCCGCGACGCAAGGCCAGACGGAAGGGGGAGGAGGAGGGAGAGGUGGAGGUGGUGGCUGCGGCGAAGGGGGCGGUCCGUCUGUUUCCAAGGCGAUGGCUGUUGAUGGGAGCGUGCUGUGCGCGGGGUGCGGCCUCCCUCAGAUCCUCCCUUCCACCUGCAGCGUCACCAUCGCCUCGUAUCCUCGCGCGGGGAAAUCAAAGAGGAGAAGAUCAGCAGCCCGAGGAGCAAAGAGUGGCAUCUCGUGCAGAGCGAGAGGUGCUGCCAUGGAUGAUGCCGCCACCAGCGCACACGCUGCACGAGCCGCCACACCUGUUGAGGGGCGACAAAAGAGUAGCUCCAGCAAUGAAGCUGCCGGAACUGCAGCUGUUGCUCCUGCUCCUUCCUCUGCUGCUGCUGCUGCUGCUGCUGCUGCUGCUGCUGGUACUGCUGCUGCUGCUUUGGAUGGUUUGGCGAAAGAGCAAACGGGAGAGAGGAGGAAGGGGAGCCGGAAGAGGCAGAGGAAGGCGAGGGGCGGAGGGCAGGCGAGGAGGGGAGGGGAGGAGCAUGAGAAGAGGAGGAGGGUGGGGCGUGAGGGAGUGCAGGGGGGGGAGGGGAAGGCAGGGGCAGAGGGGAAGGAAGAGGCGGCAGUGGGGAAUGGUCUGCACAGAAACAGAGUGAUCAGUAUGUGUCGGUUCUGUUCGAGGGAGAGGCGGUGCAAGGGCAGCAGACAGGGGUAUGUGAAGGGCAAGGCUGCACAGGUCAAGAUGGCCACUUGAUUAUGCAGGCCUUUGUGUCGUCUGCUGCUGAUGUGCACACCUCGGUGCGUAGUUGUGAUGUUGCCUUGCCACCUGGUGUUGCUUUAUCCAGGGAGCUUUGGAGAUGUUCUGAAGUUUGAAGUCUAGUUUUGAGGCGCCUCAAAACGAGCUUUGUAGAUGUUCUGAAGUUAGAAUCCAUGUGUGAUGAGUCGAUUUUUGAGUCGACUCAUUACACACGCUUUGGAGAUAUUCUGGAAGUUACAAGUCUAGUUUUGAGGCGCCUCAAAACGAGCUUUGGAGUUUGAGGCGCCUCAAAACGAGCUUUGGAGAUAUUUUGAAGUUCCAUGCAAAGUUUGGAACUGCCGCUGUAGAAGCAGCCUCUUUCCUG